AUGGCUCCUUCACAAGGCCGUGGCAAACCAAGAACGUAUCAUACAAAAUCAAGAGGAGGCUGCAUCACUUGCAAGAAGCGACAUAUAAAGUGCGACCAGAAGCGUCCGGCAUGUACCAAUUGCACCACUCGACGACUACACUGCCCUUUCCAAGACACGGCAGUCGUGAGGACAAGCACGUCGCCAUCGGACCACAAGUCGCCUGCGCUGGUGCCGUCGCCUUCAGCGAUCGAAUCUAACGGCAACGAUGCAUCACCUACUAUUCCACAAGGGGCGACGGACAUAUGCCUUAUCCAGUUGGACCUCUACAAUCAUUUCGCCUUCCACGUGUGUCCCACGUUUACUGGCCAGGCCCGACAUGACGAGAGCUAUCGGAAUUUGAUGAUCAAGACCGCGUUCAAGUACCAUUUCGUUCUGCACGAGAUGCUUGGACUUGCGGCUCUUUCGAAACAUCUGUCAUGUCCCAACGAGACGUACAAAGCACUAGCCGCAUCGUUCCAGGAGAAGGCGAUCGCCGGUCUAGACGAUAUCCUAACCAAGGUCGAUUCCGAGAAUUGCGUCGCGGUCAUUACCUUCGCCCACCUGAUCGGAGUCCAUUCUUUCUGCGACACCUUCUCCAUGGGUCCCAACGUCACAUUUUCAGAUUUCCUCGAGGCCUUGAUCGGCAGUGCUCAACUACUCCGCGGCAUCAACGCCGUGGUCCGCCCCUUUUGGAGCGAUUUGGCAGCGACAGAAGUCGGUGAAUUCAUGAAAGAUGCGAUAGCACGGCGCGAUUCCUACGCCGACCGGCCUGGAGACGAAACGGCGUCGCUGCUGAUGUUGAUCCAGAAUGCAGACAUCAGCGAGUCAAGCCGACAGACGUACGGAGACACGAUCGUGUGGUUGCAACGGUGUUUCGAUGAGGUUCGAGCUCUGGAGCCGGAACAUCGUGCGACUACGAACACGGCUUUUGUGUGGCUUAUCAUGUCGUCGCCUGCGUAUCUCCAGCUUCUGGAUGAGGCACGACCGGAGGCGUUGGUGAUUCUUGCGAAUUUUGCUGUGGUAUUACAUUACCGGCGCGAUUGUUGGGCGAUUGGGAAUUCGGGGUACACUCUGUUGAGAUCGAUCAUGUCUCAUCUGGGUCGGCAGUGGAAGCAGUGGCUUGUAUGGCCGCAGUCGCAAAUUGGCAUCGACCAUGUGGACGUGGCUAUUACGCCGUGA